AUGUCACAUUCUAAUUUCUUGCACUAUGUUUUAUCCAACAGCGUCACAGGUGACAUCCAAAGUGUAAUAAAUGCGAUCGACAAGUUUUCAAAAACAAAUGGUAUGAUGCAUGUUGGAGAAGUUAAAGGAGAAAUUUUGGAGAAGCAAGUGAAGAAUCAACGUCCAAAAACCGUUUUAGAAUUAGGUACAUAUUAUGGUUACAGUGCAUUACGUAUCGCAUCACAUUUACCAAAAGAUGCAUUAUUCAUCACUGUCGAAAUAAGUAAAGAAGCAGCAAAAAUCGCUUAUGAAAUACUGAAACAAGCAGGCAUCAGUGAUCGGGUCCAUAUUGUUGUUGGUUCAACUGAAUCUGUAAUACCACAAAUAAAAGAUUAUCAUUCCAUCUCGUCGUUUGACUUUAUUUUCAUCGAUCACUCGAAAGACGUUUAUUUACGUGAUCUGAAAUUAUUGGAACGUCACAACUUAAUAGCAUCCGGUACAAUGAUCGUCGCUGACAAUGUCAUCUUUCCUGGUGCACCUGAUUAUUUAGAAUAUAUUCGAAACAAUCCAAAGUAUUCUAGCAAAAUAUACGAUGUAGUACUGGAAUUUCCAGCUAGGGUUCCAGACGGAGUUGAGGUUUCAGUUAGAAACUAA